ACUUGUAAGUGUUGAUUUUAUGAUAUGUAAAUUUCAAUCACUCAAACUUCCUUAAUUUCUAGUGUGAGGAACUGAACAAUAUUUGUUGAAUACUUUAAUGGAGGAAGUAACUAUACUUGUUUGGUUUCUUUUUUUACUUCACAGCAUUCUGCAAACCUACUCAACCGAAAUCAACAUCAUUUCAGAUUUACAAUCGUUGACAGAAGGGGAUACGUUGGUCUCUCCAGCUAGAACAUUUGAGCUUGGAUUUUUCAAGCCAAAUGACACUGAGAACAGAUACCUAGGUAUUUGGUACAAGCAAAUCUCUGUUCAGACAGUGGUUUGGGUUGCCAACAGAGAACGCCCGCUCACUGGUGCAUCAUUAGGUGUGGUGAAGAUAGUCAAUCCAGGUACUCUUGUCAUUAUGAACAACGAUACUAAUCGUGUAAUGUGGUCAUCCAACACAACAUCAUCAGGUGGCACAAUUGCAAAGCUUCUGGAUAACGGAAAUCUAGUUGUUACGGAUGGAAACAACGAUGAUAAAGUUCUCUGGAUGAGUUUUGAUUAUCCAACUGAUACUCUUCUACCUGGGAUGAAGUUGGGGAAAAAUUUCUUGACGGGACGGGAAUGGUAUCUAUCUUCCUGGAAGAAUAAUAAAGAUCCGGCUCCGGGUGAAUACACCUUUAGUAUUGACACACGAAGCUAUCCUCGGAACAUACUAAAACAAGGUGCGGUUGUCAAAUUUCGGGAUGGGCCAUUUAAUGGUGUACAGUUUAGUGGGUCUCCAUUAAGGAAGAAUAAUGUCAUCACAUACAAUAUGGUUAUAAAUACAUCAGAGGUGACUUUUACUUAUAAUCUUAUAAGCAAUUCCGUCAUAUCAAGGUCAAUUGUGAGUUCUUCUGGGAAGUAUGAACGCUCCGUAUGGGUAGAAGAGGGUAAAACAUGGGAGAUUCGUGUUUCGUUGCCAAAAGACAUUUGUGAUAUGUAUAAUGUCUGUGGAGCGUAUGGAUAUUGCGUCAUGAUGGGCGUACAGACAUGUUUGUGCCUAGAUGAGAAAAGAUUUAUGCCAAGGAACCCAGAAAAAUGGGAGAUAGGAGAUUGGCAAGGUGGUUGUUUUAGGAGAACGUCGUUAGAUUGCAAAAACGGAUCAGAUGGGUUUCGAAAGUAUCCAAAUGUGAAACUGCCAGACACACAGACUUCCUGGUAUAACAUGAGUAUGACCCUGAAGGAAUGUGAAACGAUUUGCACAAACAAUUGUACAUGCAUGGCGUAUGCAAAUACCGACAUUAGAGGAAAAGGAAGUGGUUGCUUCCUUUGGUUUAAUGAACUCAUAGACAUCAAAUUAGUAUCCGAGGGCAUGGGUGGUCAGGAUAUCUUUGUACGAAUGGCUUCCUCUGAUUUAGAUAAAGGAGGGACACCCAUCAAAAUCAUCUUAAUUGUAGUGUUACUGGCCAUCAUUGUAUUAGGUUUAAGUUGUGCAUUAUUAUGCUAUACAUGGAGAAAAAAGAAGGAUGCAAAACCAACAAAGGAAUACAUAGGGGAAUCAUUGCAAGUCCUUGAAAGCAACAGAGAAACUAUGGAGCUACCAUUGUUUAGCUUCUCUACAAUAGAAAAAGCUACCCGUAGUUUUUCACCAGAAAAUAAACUUGGACAAGGUGGAUUUGGACCGGUUUAUAAGGGUAUCCUAGAAGGGGUGGAAAUCGCAGUUAAGCGUCUCUCCAAUACAUCCAGUCAAGGACUAGAUGAGUUCAAGAAUGAAGUCAUCUGCAUUUCCAAACUUCAACAUCGAAAUCUUGUAAAGCUCCUUGGAUGUAGCAUAGAGGGAGAAGAGAAACUGUUGAUCUAUGAGUACAUGCCCAACAGAAGCUUAGACUUAUUUAUAUUUGAUAAGAUGCUAAGCACACGCCUUGAUUGGACAACACGCUUACACAUCAUUGAAGGAAUUGCCCGAGGACUUCUCUAUCUUCAUCAAGAUUCACGAUUAAGAAUCAUUCACAGGGAUCUUAAAGCUAGCAACAUUCUACUAGACUGUGACAUGAACCCUAAGAUUUCAGACUUCGGCAUAGCUAGAAGUGUUGGAGGAAACGAGAAUGAAGCAAACACAGAGAGAGUUGUUGGUACAUACGGCUACAUGUCCCCAGAGUACGCACUAGAUGGACUUUUCUCAACAAAGUCAGAUGUAUUCAGUUUUGGUGUUUUAGUGUUGGAGAUCAUAAGUGGGAAGAGAAAUAGGGGAUUCAUUCAUUCUGAUCAUAGUAACAACCUUAUUGGACAUGCAUGGACAAUGCAUAAUGAGGGCAGGUCAAUGGAAUUAGUCGAUAUAAAUUUAGAGGAAGCAAUCAAUCCAUCAGAAGUCUUAAGAUCAAUAGAAGUGGGGUUGUUGUGUGUUCAACAAAGUCCAGAUGACAGACCAAACAUGUCCUCCGUGGUUCGAAUGUUAGGUAAUGAGUUGGGUGCAUUGCAGAAACCCAAGCAGCCGGCUUUUUUCACGGAAAAGGACAUACUUGGUGCUCAUAGCUCAUCAAGCACUAUAGCAACAAGUUCAACCAAUUAUUUAACUGUCACAGCAGUAGUUGCUCGAUAGUAUACACCCCGAUAUUAGGGUCACGCGUAUAGCUUUCUUCUUAUCAUUACCUUUGGGUGCAUGUCUCUCAUAUUGGUCUGCUGCAUGAUAUUAUACAGCUUAAAGCUAUAUAUGCAUGUCAUUAUUGUAAUAUUAAUAGUAAUCUAAAUGUUGAUUAUCUCUUAA